ACGUCAAUGAAUGUUUGACCAGCCCAUGUCAUCCCAAUGCCAGCUGUACUGAUACUGAAGGUUCUUUUGACUGUCAAUGCAAUGUUGGGUUUUCUGGAAAUGGAUUGAAUUGUUUUAGUAAGUAAAUCUUUUAUUCAUGCUGUGUCUAUAAUUUUGUAACUUUCCGCUAAAUUAAUACAUUUCUUUUUUUAGACGUCAAUGAAUGUUUGACCAGCCCAUGUCAUCCCAAUGCCAGCUGUACUGAUACUGAAGGUUCUUUUGACUGUCAAUGCAAUGUUGGGUUUUCUGGAAAUGGAUUGAAUUGUUUUAGUAAGUAAAUCUUUUAUUCAUGCUGUGUCUAUAAUUUUGUAACUUUCCGCUAAAUUAAUACAUUUCUUUUUUUAGACGUCAAUGAAUGUUUGACCAGCCCAUGUCAUCCCAAUGCCAGCUGUACUGAUACUGAAGGUUCUUUUGACUGUCAAUGCAAUGUUGGGUUUUCUGGAAAUGGAUUGAAUUGUUUUAGUAAGUAAAUCUUUUAUUCAUGCUGUGUCUAUAAUUUUGUAACUUUCCGCUAAAUUAAUACAUUUCUUUUUUUAGACGUCAAUGAAUGUUUGACCAGCCCAUGUCAUCCCAAUGCCAGCUGUACUGAUACUGAAGGUUCUUUUGACUGUCAAUGCAAUGUUGGGUUUUCUGGAAAUGGAUUGAAUUGUUCAAGUAAGUAAAUUUUUCACUCAUGUGUCUAAAAUUUUGUAACUUUCUGCUAAUUGAUACAUUUCUUUUUCUAGACAUCAAUGAAUGUUUGACCAGCCCAUGCCAUCACGAUGCCAAUUGUACUGACACUGACGGUUCUUACGACUGUUUAUGUAAUGUCGGGUUUUCUGGAAAUGGAGCGACUUGUACAAGUGAGCACUACAUAUAUAUGGUUUGAAAGAGUACAGUCAGCAAAAACUGAUUUCACUUCACAAUGUUUAUACGAUUCUGUUGAUUGAGAUCAAUGUACCAGUGAAUUAUUAUCGUGAUUGGUAUAUUUUUCUUGUUUUCUAGACAUUGAUGAAUGUUUGAGCAAACCUUGCCAUGUCAAUGCCAGCUGUACUGACAAUGAGGGUUCCUUUGACUGUCAAUGUAAUCCUGGGUUUUCUGGCAAUGGAAUUUCAAACUGUACAAGUAAGUGUGAAACAACUGCAUGCAAUCUGGUUUUUUAGUUUUCUUCUUUUUACAACUUUUUUUUCAUUUUCUUUCAGAUAUUGAUGAGUGUUUAAAUGUUUCAUGUCAUGUAAAUACAGACUGUUUGGAUACUCCUGGAUCAUACAUUUGCCGUUGUAAAACUGGAUUCAAGGGGAAUGGAACUUUCUGUGAAAGUAAGCAACCACAUACAUGUGAAAGUUAGCCCGCGUGCAGACCCUUCCCUUGGGCCUGCACGCGGGCUAUGUGAAAGUAGGACAACCUUUCUAAGUUUUAUACUCCCUUUACUCUCCCUUUAUUUUUCCUAUAUUUUUGACGUUUUACUAUUUGCCAUUUCCUAGCAUUUCUUUGCCAUUAGGGAGUGGUCAUUAUUUAUGGCAGGGGGUGGCACCGAAGAGAAAAGGGUUGGGUAAACAAAAUUUAAUGUGAGUAAAAGGUUGGGUAAAUGAAAAACAAAACAACUGAAGGGUUGGGUAAUAAAAAUUUAUUCUCAUUUCCAAAGCAUGACCCUGAAAUAUUGGAGACUGAAAACUGAAAAGCAAUGUCAACAAUCGUUUGUCAAUACAAUAUGUGAAUCAAUCAGAGUCACUAUCUUGAUCAUUUUGACAAAACAAAUCAAUUGUGUUUCCAAAGAAAGUACAUGUGCAGCAGACAACAAGAAACUUUAGACUGCAGAAAAUUUCACAAGCCGUUAUGAAACUCAUGUCACUGAAGUGAUAAAGGACAUGUAUGAAAACUGAAUGGUAUCCUUUUGUUAAGUUUUUGGCCAGGGGUGGGUAGUUAUUUUUAAUUGAUAUUUGAGGUUGGGUAAUCAAAAUUUUGUCUUUUUAAUGGUUGGGUCAGCAAAAUUUUUGACACGGAAAACAUUUCUCUUCGGUGCCACCCGCCGUCAUAAAUAAUGACCGGUCCCUUAAUGUUUGACAAACCUGUGUCAUGUCAUUUUUUUCUUUAUCUCAUAGGUGAUUUAUCUGAGCAAGGCAGGAUAAACCUAGCUAUGGUUAUUGGAAUCACAAUUGCUCUGAUAUUACUUCUACUCGUCGCAGGAUUGGCAUGGUAUUGUCACAGAAUUAAUAAAAGAUGUCGCAUCCCUCGUCGCCCCAGAGAACAUGACGAAUUUGUGGAAAUGGAAACCAUGAGAGGUCCAACCGAGAACCAACCAUUGUCACAACCACCACCAGCAACAGCAGAUGACCAACAGUACAAUGGUCCAGAGAUUGUACCUGAUUUAAACAAAGAUAAUCAAGGAUCAAACCUUCUUUGUUAA